AUGACUAAAGACUAUACAUGGUGGAAGGAUGCUACUGUUUAUCAAAUUUAUCCAUCAACUUUUAUAAAAGGUAAAAAAGGUAAAUUCGAAGGUCCAAAAGAUGUUUUUGACGGAGAAACCGGUGAUUUAAAAGGAAUAAUCAGUAAACUUGAUUAUUUAGCUGAUAUUACUGAUGUUAUUUGGUUAAGUCCUCAUUAUUUAAGUCCAAAUAAUGAUAUGGGAUAUGAUAUUGAACUGUAUGAAAAAAUCUUACCUAGAUAUGGUUCUGUUGAAGAUAUGCAAACUUUAAUUGAUGAAUGUCAUAAACGUGGUAUGAAAAUCAUUUGUGAUUUAGUUAUCAACCAUACUUCAGACUUACAUGAUUGGUUCAAGGAAUCUAGAUCAAGUUUAGAUAAUCCAAAAAGAGAUUGGUAUAUUUGGAAAAAACCAAAAUAUGAUGAUAAAGGUAAUAGAAAACCACCGAAUAAUUGGGGUUCUUAUUUCUCAGGAAGUGCUUGGGAAUAUGAUUCCAAAACUGAUGAAUAUUAUUUAAGAUUAUUUGACAAGAGUCAACCAGAUCUUAAUUGGGAAAAUGAAGAAACAAGAAAAGCUAUAUAUGAUUCAGCUAUGAAAUUUUGGCUUGACAGAGGUGUAGAUGGUUUUAGAAUUGAUACUGCUGGUUUAUAUUCCAAAGUUCAAGAUUUUCCAGAUGCCCCUGUCCUUUUCCCGGAAGAUGAUUAUCAACCAAGUGGUAAUUUAACACUCAAUGGUCCAAGAAUUCAUUUUUUCCAUAAAGAAAUGUAUGAUCAAGUUACUUCAAACUAUGAUGCCAUGACUGUUGGUGAAGUUGGUCAUUGUUCAAGAGAAGAAGCUUUGAAAUAUGUUAGUGCUUCAAGAGGUGAAAUGAAUAUGAUCUUUUUAUUCGAUACUGUUGAUGUUGGCUCAGACAAAAAUGAUAGAUUUAGAUACAAUGGAUUUGAUUUAAAGGACUUAAAAGAAGCAAUUAAAACUCAAUGCGAAUUUACUGAAGGUACUGAUGCUUGGUCAACUGUCUUUAUUGAAAACCAUGAUCAACCAAGAUGUAUUACUAGGUUUGGUGAUAAGAAAUAUCAAACUAAGAGUGGUAAAUUAUUAGCAAUGUUUCAGACUACUUUAACAGGUACUUUGUUUAUCUAUCAAGGUCAAGAAAUUGGUAUGACUAAUGUUCCAAGAGAUUGGCCAAUUGAAGAAUACCAAGAUGUUAAUACGAUCAAUUAUUAUAAUCAAUUUAAAGACAAAUAUGGGAAAGAUGCUGAUUUUGCAGAAAAAGAACAAAAAUUAAUGGACAUUAUUAAUUUAUUAGCGAGAGACAACGCAAGAACUCCAAUGCAAUGGGAUGAUUCGGAAAAUGCUGGGUUUUCAGAUCAUAGACCAUGGUCAAAAGUCAAUCCAAAUUACAAAGAAAUUAAUGUUGCAAAACAAUUAAAUGAUCCAAAUUCAUUAUUAAAUUUUUAUAAGAAGUCAUUAAAAUUAAGAAAAAAAUAUAAAGAUUUAUCUAUUUAUGGAUCUUUUGAAAUUUUGGAUUUUGACAAUAAACAAACUUUUACUUAUGUUAAAAGUUUGAAAGAUGCCAAAUCACCAAAGGCUUAUGUAGUUUUGAAUUUUUCAAAGGAUAAUGCUAAAUUUGAAAGAUUAAUUGAUGGUCAAUAUGAGUUGAUUAGUACUAAUGUUGAUAAAGACGAAUUUGAUGAAGAAAAAUUAUCACCAUUCGAAGGUCGUAUUUAUAUUGUUAAUUAA